GUAUUUGAUUGUUUGCUGGCUCCAAGUGGCCAGAAAAUCACGGCAAGGCAAUCGGGUCAAACCUGUUUCCUAACCAUUAUUGAGAUAAGGCACAUAUUUUACAUUACAAUGUUACCAAAAGUAUAUAUGCUGGAAUAAUGAUAAGACCCCCCCACCCCCGAAUUACUCACAAAUGUAAUUACUGGUACUCACUUCUUUUACGGAAAACUGGGCCCGUUUAGUUGAACACAAAGCUAUUUCACUGUUGUAUGAAUGGCAACAGGUAGAUUACGCAGGUAAAUUAGACCUGCCAGAAAAAAAAAAUAAUAAUCCUGGUAAAUUUCUGUUAAGUCUAUUAGUCUUAGUGACAGGUUUUUUUGCUUGUCUUCGACUUAUCUUUGUAUCUGGUUGGCCAGAGCUGUUAUUAGGCAGCCCCACGUGUUGUCACAUAGGUACAAGAUGCAAUCCUGCACAUAGUGCGAGUCUCGGCCCCCUUUCCCCGACUCUUUCCUUACAUCUACAAACUGUGCAAACGGAAUAGAGAGCGAAGUCACACAUUAGGGGCAGCGAGAACAGAACAUGGGCCGCUUCGGAAAGGGAUCCCAAGUGUGGUUGUGGAGAACCAUGACACGGCCACUGGCAUACUUCUUUGUACUCUCUGAGGCGAGCACAUCCAGCAGAGUGGCAGGUAAGAUGGAGAAUGUUGACAGUCAGUCUAAUGUAGUGCUCACCAUUGAUGUGUAUUGCUCAAGAGCAGAGCAUGAUAACAUUAGCUGUAUGCUUACAGCUCUUUAGACCGGUAGAACAGUCGGCAUCGUCAAACAUGCACUUCCAUUUAUUACUGAUUAAGGGAGCUAUUCCCAUACUGUGGGAUAUAAAAAUUGUUUUAAAUAUUUUAGGCUUCUUUGAGUUCAGUGUUUCCCAAAUGUUAUUGCACCAAGGCACGUAUUGUGAAUUAGAGAGAGAGAGAAAGAAAAAUAAAUAAAUCCCAACACAACACCAAAGAAAAAUAUCACAAAAAUUGCACACAGGUUACCGGUAAUUAUUUAGUGUCUAGUGUACACAGUAGAUGAAAUUGUAUAAUUUCCCCACAGCAUUCCUGAUGAUGUCUUACAGUAGACUAGUUGCAUAUCACUGGUAAAUUAAAAGCAGUUAGGAAACAUUCCACAAGACACGUCAUGUUCUUCAGUCGGGCAUUGAUAGUACAUAUGUAUUUAUGGUCAUUGUAUUGAUUUCCACACUAGCUGGAGAUGGCGUAUUUGAUUUUUUUUUUAUUUGAAUCACCAAAUUGUCUGUUAAAUAAUAAGAGCCAAGAACGAUCUGAGAUAGAGUAGAGGCAAGCGAGUUGACAGAGUGCCCUCCUUUCAACACCCGUGCAAAGGUUUCCUGUUCAUGCGGAUGUUUUCCAACUAAUUACUGUCAUUGUCAUCACACACAGUGAAUAAACUCUGGAUGACGACUGUCCCAAUUAGAUACAAUCCGUUUGGGACGUUCUUAAUGAACUACCUACACGGGAACACCUACAUCACAUUGUGAUCCAACUUUUGUGUUGGGUCUCUGUUGUGUACUGAACGUAUUAUUCAAUAGUGCCAAUCCAUGAUACUGUCUGUCAAUGACAGGAAUGAAUUUAAUGGCACAUACCUGUUCAAGUGCCUGCAUAGUUACCCAUCACUCAUCACUAGACAGGAAUUUUCACACCUUCCUGUAAAGCAAAAUAUCAUUUCAUAAUCCCUACCCACGUCAUCUUUCAUGUUAGUUUUUAUGGUGGUAGUUUGUUAAAAUAGUCAUAUUCAGUUUCCCACUUAUUGCUCAGUUCACAGAAACGCGUCUUCUUAUCAUGCUAAGAUCGUUUUCGCGGCAAACGUGUUUGGAAUCCACACAAACACACACUCCAGGAGUGAAGUGUUUUUGUCAUGCUUCCGCAGGGCGUGGACCGGAACGUGACGUUUUGAGAAACAAUGGCAGCUUAUUGUUCUAAGGCAGACAGCAAGUUCAGUUCUGGCUUCCUCUGAGCAAUUUCUGAGCACCACUCAUUUUUUUAAGUAUCUGAAACAUCCAAGUCAGGCUGCAGUACAUUGUGAAAUGAAACUAUUCUAAAUGUGUAAAGAACAUCUAACAGCAUUCCUAAACUGUCUUUGUUUUCUCUUUUUUUUUUCUGUUUUGAAACUCUUUGACCUCCAGCCUGCUUUAAUUCUUUUAAAACCCCACGAUUAAAACGCCCCCUUCUCGGCUUCCAUGACACCGCCGCCCAAUGUAUUUAACGCCGUUCUCAAGAUCUUUUGGCAACUCCAGUUAGCCAAAGAAAAUGGGACACUUUCAGACGGGAGACAGUUUGAUCCAUGGUCUUAUUACAUGGGCAUCACUACCCCUUUUACUCAGUCUGAGCUUGCGUCAACUUCAUUUGCAUAAACGUAACACCUCCAUAGGAAUGCUGUUUUACACACACAUGUACACUUAACUCCUGCUAAACAGUUUCGGUCGUGAUUUGGAUCUGAAAGUUGAGAUCUCUAAUACUGAUCACCAAAACUGUCUUACGCAAGUAGAAGACAUCUACAAAGGAUUUUGUUACUAUUUUAUACUUUGUGAAACGUCCCCUAAUGAGUCUUGGUGAAGAUGUUGACAGAAACCUCCAGUGCCUGUUUCUUAUCAGUAUAGAGAUUUUUUUUAAAUUGCUGAUAAAUUGAAAUUGGUGCUUCCCGUGUGUUUAUGUUGUGUUUAAACCAGUCAUUGUAGUGGCUGCCUCUUUAAUAGCGAGUUGAGAUUGAGAGCACAGGAGGAGGGAGGGAGGUACAAUACCCGAGCUUUAUGAAUAGGCCUCAGCUUUUUUUCUCACACAUAAAAGUUUGAGGUCGUCUCUGAGAGUGAGGACAGUGGUCUACAAUAGCUUAUUGUGUACUCCAUAUUCAGCUUUUUCAGCCGUGCAUCUUUCAUUCGCUAUAUGCACCCAAUUGCUUAAUAGUAACAUCUAGUAGCUCCUUACUUUGUCAUUGUGUUUAGAAGGAUUACUUCUCGAACAGGUCAAAACUGUUACAGUGUCAUAUUGGGAACUUCUCGCUCUGUUUACACUUCAUUGUUGAGGAGCAUCGGUGUAGGUACUGCAAGAUGCAACAACUAACAUCAAUGACCUGGUGACCAGGAAAUUGCACAACAAAGUAAACAGGAAAGAGUGAACGAUAAAGGAAUGUUCAUAGCAGUGGGGGAAAGACUCAGUGCCAAUCUCUGUAGUCUGACUCAGUAAUAUUGUGGACUUUGUCUCUGUCUUCCAUCAAAGACUUGUCCCCAGGGACAUUGUUUUCCUGGAAACAGUAGUAGGAGCCAAUUGAAACAGUGGGAGUGGCGACUAGUCUAAUCCUCCACUCAUGUGACUCGAUUGAAUCAUUAACCCAAGGAGGCCCCUCCUUCAGUCACCCGCCCUUCUCCCUUCAACAAUUCGCUGAGAUGACAGCAGGGAGGGGAUAAUUCAGUUACACUGAGAGCUGGGAGGCGCUUGGGUCAGGCAGUCCUGCUGAGGCCAUGCAGAGGAGACAGAGAAAACAAGUGAGAGGCAGUUGCUCAACAAAAUGCCUGACAGGUGGAGUCUCCUGUGGUGGUUUGUAACGGAAUGCCGGAAUCUGACGAAAAGGAAUAAACUUCACUGAGGACAAAAGUGCAUCAGCUUUGGGAGGCUGAUCGAAAGAAGAAGAAGCAUGAAAAGCCCGGUGGUUUAUGGAAACCCUGUGAUGUUUGCGCCUGUGGACUGGAACUUUGCUCCUGAGGCUCCAGUAAGGAGGGGGAAGAGUGUGGAGGAGCUGGGGGAUGCUGGGUGGGCUAAGGAGAGAGAGAGGGUGGCUCAUCUUCAACAUUUACAGCAACUCCACCAAGUUCAGCUUCAGCAGCAACAGCUUGUGUAUCCCAGCUAUGGGGUCAUUCCUACCGUCCACCCGCAGCAAGCCAUGAUGACAGCAAUACCUGGUAACCCAGUUCCAAUUCCUGGUUGCCCGAUGCCAUUGCAUGCCGGAAUGAUGCCUUUGCAGAGAGGCCCAGCGGUCCCUGUAGGAGGAGCAGUGCCAUCUCCCGUGCAUGUGGCAGGUCCGUGGCCUGUACAAUGGGACAACCAAGCACAGAGCAACCAAACAAGGUGGGAAUAUGACGAGCAACAAAAGUCCCCUUUCAAAGACAAAAAGGUUCAAGGACAGAAUGUUUACUACCAUCCAGGUUCACAGGAUGGUCACCUAGAUGUUAGGAUAUCAGAAUGGAAAGCCAAACAUUGCUUUUACCAAGGUCCAGAGGAUUAUGACCAUGACUGCGUCCAAGUGCCUCAAGAAAAGGACAACAGGAGCCAAGAAGAAUAUGCCAAAUUGGAUGAGGACAGAAGACGAGAUAAUAGAGUAAGAGACCGGCGACAUAACUCAGACAGUUAUGGCCCAAGGAGUCAUCAAGAAUUUGAGAAAUAUGAUUAUAAAGACAAAUAUAAGUACAGAGAGAAUUAUGACAGAAGAAACCAUGACCGCUAUGAUGACAGAAAAUAUGACUAUGAAGAGAGAAGACAUCGCAAACAUGAUCUCAAGGAUCAUGACAGGUACAAAAGGGAAUACGAAGAAUACUAUGACGAUGCGUAUAGAGACGAUUCUCACAGAGGAGAUGCUCCUCGAGACGAUGGUCGCAGAGAUGAUUCUCGCAGAGACUAUGCUCACAGAGACUAUGCUCACAGAGACGAUGCUCGUAGAGACGAUGCUCGCAGAGACGAUACUAUUAGAGACGACGUUCGCAGAGACAAUGCUCGCAGAGACGAUGUUCGCAGAGACGAUCUUCGCAAAUACGAUGUUGACAGAGACGAUGCACGCAGAGACGAUGGUCGCAGGGACGAUCCCCGAGACCGUGAUCGUUAUUACACUCAAGACGGGGUUUACUAUGAUUCCACUGACAAUCAGCGCUAUAGGGAAAAAGAUCAAUACAGAGAGGAGGACCGUUAUAGGGAGCGAAAACACAAAGAUAACUACGAUGAACAACAUUCAGAGGAUGAAUAUGAUCGCAGAGAACAGCGUUACAAAGACAAGGAAGUCUACAACCGAAGAAGCGAAGAAAACUACUCCUAUAGACAAAGGGGAAAGUAUGACUCUGAAUUGGAUGAACGCAACGGUGAUAAACAGAGGGACCGCUACUCAAGAUACAAGGAGUCAGGUGAUUUGUGGAGAGAUGAGUGGUACGACCACAGACAGAGGGAUGGCCACAGAGCAAAGGAGCACUAUAAGCGCCACGACCCCUACGGUUAUGAGAAUGAAGGCCUCCCCGAAAGAGCCCCCUACGAAUCCAGAGAUGAAGGACGUUCCCACCAUAAACCUAGAGACAGAUAUCGAGAUUUGCGUUCGUUAUCUGUGGAUUCGCGUUACGAGGAAUACCCAAAAGAACAUCGCAAGACACAUUGUGAGGAAUGGGUCGAACAGCAAAACAAGAAGCUGGCACUCAGGCAAAUGCGCUCGUUUGAGGAUCCUAUUAUAUACCGACACAGCCAGGAGCAGGAAAAAGGAUACGAGUCAAGCACCGGGAAGGCUGGUCCAAAACGUGGUCGGAAGCCUGUUUACGUGGGCUCUCUUGAUCGCAACAGCUUCUACAGGAAGACGGCUCCCAGCUCCCUGAGAAACUCGCCCUUCGCCACUAACAGGAAACCAAACAAAGAGAUGACGCAGCUGUCGUCGCAACCCAAACCCCCGAAGCCCGCCACGUCCGGCGACGCCCCGCCUAGCGCCGACACCGAGGACCCCGAGCUGAGGAUGCUGGAGAAGCGGUCCAAGGUGAUCGAAGAGCUCCUGCAGACGGAGAAGGACUACAUCAAGGACCUGCAGAUGUGCGUGGUGGAGAUCGUUGAGCCUCUGCAGAAGAAGCAGGUGAAGAACGUGGACUUUGAUGGACUUUUCGGCAACAUCAACUCUGUGAUUGAUCUGUCACAGCGGCUGUUUGAAACACUGGAGGAAACGGACUCGAUUGGAAAGGUCUUCCUCGACUUUAAAGCAGAGCUGGAGGCGGUGUACAACGUCUAUUGCCAGAACCACGACGACGCCAUCUCGCUGCUGGAAAGCUACGAGAAAGACGAAAACAUCCAGGGUCACGUGUUGGAGUGUCUGGAGAGGCUCAGGGCCAUAUAUCGAGAGUGGGGGAAAACAAACUACAUCAACCUCGGUUCUUUCCUCAUCAAGCCGGUGCAGCGGGUGAUGCGCUACCCGCUGCUGCUCGUGGAGCUGCUGGGGGCCACGCCCGAGACCCACCACGACCGGCCCCAGCUCGCUCAGGCCCUCCAGGCUGUCAAGGAAAUCAACGUCAACAUCAACGAGUACAAGCGCCGGAAAGACCUCGUGGUGAAGUACAGGAAGGGCGACGAGGACACGUUCAUCGACAAAAUUUCAAAACUGAGCAUGCAUUCCAUCAUCAAGAAAUCCAACCGUGUCAGUAGCCACAUCAAGCACCUGACUGGAAUUUCACCCCAGAUUAAAGACGAGGCGUUCGACGAGGCUGAAAAGAGGUUCCGGCACCAGGAGAGACUCAUAAAAUCUUUCAUCCGGGAUAUUUCCUUGUACCUGCAGCAUAUCAGGGAAUCGGCCUCUGUGAAGGUGCUGGCGGCCAUCAGCUUCUGCGACAUCUACACCGAGCGAAGUAUCCCCGACCCGGAGCGCUUCCAGAGAGCCCAUCGCUGCAUCAGCGACAAACAGUUCACAGAGUUUAAGGAGCGCACAGAAGUGUUGGUGAUAAACCCGCUCACCCAGUUGCUCCUCAUGUUCGCCGGGCCUCACAAGCUGGUCCAGAAGCGCUUCGACAAGCUGCUAGACUACGACAACUGCAAGGAGCGCGCCGAGCGCCUCAAGGACCGGCGGGUUCAGGACGAGCUGCAGGUGGCGCGCAGCAACUACGAGGCGCUCAACGCCCAACUUCUGGACGAGCUCCCUAAAUUCCACACCGCGGCCGAGGAGCUUUUCACCGGUUGCGUGAAGGCCUUCGCUCAAGCGCAGAAGGACUUCAUGAAGACCACCCUCGGAGAGCUGAAGCCUCUCCUUCAAGUCUUUUCACGCAAGGUCAGCACCGAGGGCAACUUGGUGGCCCAGUUCCAAGAAGAGUACGGUCGCGUUCUUCAGCUACUGCAGAGCUUCAGCUUCUGCCCCGAAAACCUACCUCCGGCCACCACCACCACAGGCGCCACCACCACGACAACCGUUACCCCCAUCAAGAAAACCCUGGAGAAGCAGAGCUCGAAAAAGCAAAUCCAGAGACCUCCCAACUGCAUCUUGCAGACCGAUGAGCAUCGUGCCGGCCUGAUGGCGCGCUACGGUCCCGGGAAACUCUUCCAAGCCGAGAGAAACUUCAACGCAGCCCAGGAUCUGGAUGUGUCCAUCCUGGAGGGGGACCUGGUGGGCAUCAUCAAGCAGCAGGACCCGAUGGGCAGCAACAAUCGCUGGCUGAUUGAUAACGGCGUCACAAAGGGCUUCGUGUACAGCUCCUUCCUGAAGCCGUACAACCCCCGCAGGAGCCAGUCCGAUGUGUCCAUUGAGAGCCAGUCAUCCAACGAGUCCGGCUACGGCGGCUCCUCGCCCGUUUUCUCGCGCCAGAACAGCAACAGCACGCUGACGUUCAACCAAGAGACGGCGGUGGUCAGCUUCUCCACGUCGCAACCCCAGAGCCACUCAUCCCCGCACCCGUCUCUGGAUUCUACCGCUUCUCGUGGGGCUCACCCCGACUGGACCAGUCAGAGCGACUCCUCUCCACGGAAUUCCUCCAACCGCAAGGAGUUCACCGAUCACCGCGCCGCCUCCGGUCACCGGACCGAAGAGUCUUCCGACCAGCACUCGGGCUGCCACAGAGACUCGUACAACGCGAGUCACGCCAGCACAAACGACCUCUCUGAGACGGACUCCUGUUCCUCGCACAGAAACGGCUUGCAGCAGAGAGAAGGCGACAAAGCUUACAAUUCCUGCCAGUGGAGGAACGGUGGCCAGAAGAAGCCUGCGUACUCUCAAGACGACUUUAGCGAGCCCGAAUCCGAGCAGGACGCCGAAUUGGACGGACAUCAGAUCUACUUUGCCCUGUACUCCUUCAGCGCUCGCUGUGCCAACGAACUGAGCAUUUCCGCCAACCAGCGCCUACGCAUACUGGAGUUCCAGGACAUGAACGGCAACGCCGAGUGGUGGCUCGGCGAGGCUGGCGGCCGGCGAGGCUACGUGCCUUCCAACUACAUCCGGAAAUCCGAGUACACCUGAGCGUUUGUGACGCGGCGGUGAGACUGUUUACGCGUGCCCGGCACACCCGCAAACGAGCAACUAACUUACUUUUGGAGUGACUGACUUUUACUCCUAGCGCCACGUGCGUAUAUUUAUAGACUUUUUUUUUUCUAUUGGUAUUUUUGUACUUUCCACUAAAACCUGUGAAUAUUGAGGACAAUGCAUUGAGUAUUAAAGAGAAUAGCACAUCGGGGAAGCGUAAAAUGAAUUUUUUCAAUUUAAUUUUUUUUUUUUUACCCGAUCACUGUGUUUAUUGCACUUUGGUUUCAUAUGAAUGGUGCGGCUAUGAUGAACUACAGCAACAGCGAACAAUAAUCAAAGUGUGAGGCACUUGCAUGAAGUUGCAGUUGAGGAGAGGACGGUGUUGUGUGAAUAACGCUCGACUUUUUCUUUUUGUUAGUGGCCUACUUUUUGUUUUUACCUGGCGUGACACUGUGAAAUGAAGAGGUGGAAAAACAAAGGUAAAAAAAAAAAAAAAGUUCAUCAACAGGGAGAGCACGUUUGCUCCCCCGUGUACAUACUGUACGUAAUGCUGUAUAUUUGUGUGCGAUUACCCUUUUUUUUUUUUUUUUGGAUUAAAACAACCA